GCUGACCUCCGAUAAGAACGCCUUCGAUGAUAAAGCAAUAUUUUUACAGACGAAUUAUUCCCGGGCGGAUUGUAAUCGGCCCAUUAUUUUCUGAAAAUGGUGCUAGCAGAAAGCUGGUUUAUUAAACGCGUUGAGGAGCUAAUUGCUCACUUAAAAGAAACCUCCUCGGAUGAAGAGAAAGACGAAGCCAUUUUGAGGCAUAUUGAGUGGAUGGAAUCGCAGGAAUUUGCAACUGUGCCGGACUUUGAAGCCAAUUUGGAAUGGUUAAACUGUACCAGUCCGUUGUCCUUCCACGAAAAACUUCGAGGAAAAGUGUGUGUUUUGGAUUUUUUCACGUAUUGCUGUAUAAACUGCAUGCAUAUUUUGCCGGAUCUUGAAGCGCUAGAACAACUUUACUCUGAGAAAGAUGGUCUUGUGAUCGUGGGAGUACACUCGGCGAAGUUCGAGAAUGAAAAAUCAUCCACAAACAUUUUGAGUGCAGUGUUACGAUACGACAUCAGGCAUCCAGUGGUGAAUGACUCAGAAGCAAAGUUAUGGCACACUCUCUCUGUUCAGUGUUGGCCUACACUAGUUGUUGUGAGCCCAGAAGGGAAAAUCUUACUUAGCUUAAUAGGCGAGGGUCACAGAGACACUCUCUUGCAGUUUGUAGGCUCAGCCUUGAACUUUUACAAACAAAAAGGUAGGCGAGAAUCUUUCAUUUGAUCUAAAAAGUUAGGAGGGAGGGUGGUGGGAAUGCAAUAACCGGCUUAAAUGCUUUUAUUGAUGUAAAGCCUACUACGAAAGACAUCUAGAAAAGGUAACUUCCAUUGGUAACUAUCAGUUUGUAAGAAUUGGCUAUCCAGAUUUGUUAAUCAUGUUUGAUUAAUGGGGUCAAAUAUCCCAUCAGCUCGACCACCAAAAAAGUGAAGAGUAAAGCGUGGUUCUCAUAUGCCGCUGAGCUACCUGCGACACGACUCUGACAUAGGUGCCAGUACUGCCUGUGGUACUGUUCCAAUACGAGAACAGAAGUCGCUGGCAGUAGAGGCCAUGUCAGUCUUUACAGCUGGCAUGCCCGCGAAGUUGACACAAGUUCAACUUCACAGGCAUGCUGGUGGUAAAGACCUGCGACUUUUCUUGAGCCAGCAGUGAUAUGUUCUCAUAUGUCGGAGUAGUAUUGCAGGCAGCACCGGCGGCUACUUUGCAGUUACUUCAGUGACACAUGGGAACCAGGCUUAAGUGGUCACUCACAAGAAUCAAACAACAGAGAAGAGAGGUUCUGCUAAUCUAUCUUUUGCAAAUAUACGUUAUCAACUGAGCAUGGGUUAAGAUGGCUGGAUGUUUGCCAUGUUCUUAGUUGCAUUUGUGUGGACUGAGACAAAGUUGAGGUGCACUGCAACAUAAAUGAAGUAGGAAGCCAGUAUCCAGUAAUCUUAACCAAACAAGCUUGGCCAAAGAAAAAUCUUGUCUAGCAGGAAAGUGCGGGUGAUCGCGAUCCUGGGAUCUUAUGUUCUGAUUGGGUAGUCAAUUAGAAUGAAGGAUAGGUUAAUGCUUAUGGGUAGUGUUGCUUAUGAUACGUGGUCACACAUGGUGGUUCAACUACGAGACUAAUUAAAUCACAUACCUACAUACACGUACACUGUGCACUAUAUUUUUUCUUGUUUGACUUUUUUUCCACCCUGUUUGUCUUUGUGUUUUUGUGUUGUACAGUCAAACUGUCUGUAAGAUAAUGAAUUCCCCAAAGCCCAAGAUUUACAAUAUAGUAAACUGUGGUUGCUUAUGGGAUAUGCUAUGGGAUAGAGCUUGUUUGGGAGGAGUGUCAAUUCUAGUGCUUUUGACUGGGCAAAAUGGGUUUUUUGGAAUUUGGAUCUUCUUCUUUUAUAUUUUUAUAACACCCAACAAAUGUCCGUCAUGAUGCCUUGAUAAAUUUUAUGCUAAUUUAGUUUAAACAUAUAACACACUUAGUUUAAAUGUCAUAUUAUAUUAUUAUUCACGUUUUAUUAUUUUGUUAGGGAAAGUUAGUGAUCAUUCUAUUGGAGUUUCUCUGGCAAAAGAACACCUUCCUCUGACAAAUCUCUCAUUUCCUGGGAAAAUAUGUAUGGACAGUGAAGGGAAAAGACUGGCAGUAGCGGAUACAGGACAUCAUAGAAUACUAGUAAUAAAUAAAGAAGGAAUUGUAUUGAAAGUUAUUGGUGGAGGAGAGAAAAAUGAAGCUGGAAAUGUUGAUGGGACAUUUUCAGAAGCACGAUUCCAUUCACCCCAAGGAGUAGUAUUUGAAAAUGAGGUCAUUUUUGUUGCUGAUACAGAAAAUCAUACAAUCAGACAGGUACAGUAUAAUGGCAACUUAAAAUGACUACAUGCUUGUACUGUUCUAGAAAACAGGUACAUUGUACAGUAUACUAUCUUUUCCAGUGAGGGUGUUUGCAGUAGUCCCAGCCCUUUGUGUCUUAAAACAUUUAGUACAUUGUGGCUUUGUAUUUUUAAUGAAAUCCCCUACCCCUUUAUAAGAACUUCCAGUCAAACUUCUUAAUAUUAUUAAAACAUGCAGACAGUGACAAUAUUUCAGGAUUGUUAAUAAUAUUGUCUACUGGUCACAAAACCACAAUCUACUGUCACCUGUGCCAUAGACAAAACUGAACCCCUGGGAAGUUCAUCUGUGAAUCAUUGCUCUGGGCUCUUGGGCCCCAACCUGCCUAUCAUUCACCGUGAACAAAGAUCUUGACGCUACUUCGCAGAAGUUACUAAACAGGGUUAGAUUAAUCUGCUACACGGGCUACACUACUGCUGCUCUUGGCAGCAGUUUGAUUUCCUUAAGGCUUGCCACCUAUUUCCUUGCAACACAAGAACUAUCUUGAAGGAGAGCACUAACUGCAAAGCCAUGAUGGGAAUGGGGACUUGCUACUUCUUUACGCUACUCUCGGCAACAAAACUGCCAGCUUUGCAGGAAACACAAUAGAGAAGAAAAGUGAUGACGUCACAAAAUACUAAACUAGUGAAAUUAUAGGAUUGGUUGGCAUACCAAGAAAGAAUAAGAUGAAAAAUGUUCACAUCUGUCAAAAACCAGCCUGUUAGUGCAAAUUAGUGAGAGGAUAUAGCGAUGUUAAGCACUAUUGACUCCAUAUAAAUCUGUCUAUAUCUGACCCCCAAUUUGCGCUAACAGGCUAUUUUUGGCAAGGAAGCUUUUUUAUCCUGUUCUUUCUAAAUUUGUUUACCAAUUCCAUAAUUUCACAAAUUUGAAUUUUUGUGACCUCACACUUCUCUUUUCUAAAACCCUCCAGAGAUAUUUGGCAGCAACAAUUUUUGUUCUUAAUUUUAUGGUAAAAUUCUAAAUUAUUAAUUUAAGUUAUGUUUCUCUUGGUCACUGUAGAUUAAACUAGAAACAGGGCAAGUUAUUACCAUCGCUGGAAAUGGCACACAAGGAAGUGACAAGGAAGGUGGAAAAAUUGGAACUGUACAGAGCAUCAGUUCACCAUGGGAUGUGGCCAUUGGUCCACCUUCAGGUUUGUAUAAUAAUUAUGUUCUAAUAAUAAUAAUAAUAAUUAUAAUAAUAAUAAUAAUUAUAAUGUAACAUAAUAGCGGAGCUCCCGCGCGCGCGAAGCGCGCGCGCAGCGGAGCACCAUGGGUAAGAAAAUUUGGUAAACUAUCCAUCCAAGAAAAUUUGGUUAUGACGUAGAGUACGCCCACCCGUACACACACUUCAUGUAAGCCGAUGUCAAAUGUCACAAUAGAUCUUGCACAACUUGACUAGCCUCUUAGUUAUGUAAGCCAUCCGUAUGAGUACGAUUAGAUUGACAGCUGUCAAAAUCAGACAUCCGCUGACAAUUAUCACAUGACCAUCUCGUGGGCUCAGAUAAAAGUCCAGUCGUUUUACCCCUAUAUAUAAGCUGACAUAAUAUGUCACACUUACCAAUUCAACAUAAAAACGAAACUACGCUGGGCAAGGCUGUCAGUUGACUGACAGUCGUUUAAAGUUACACUGGCAAGCCAAAUUAAGUUCAAUUGACAGCUGUCAAAAUGGGACAUGUGGAGACCACAAUCAGAAAACUAGUAACGUGGGCUCAGGUUCGCUCAGGUACACGAGCUGGCAUUUUCCACUACAUGCUGGACGGAUAUGUCCUACUCACACUUGUAGUCUGUUAAUUCGAAUAUUCGCCAUUCUAAUGAAGGUUAAUUGACAGCUGUCAAACUAGAGUAUACGCUGACCAUCAUCACCUGAGUGGAUCGCGGGCUCAUUUUUCUAUCCAUUGAGGUCACAUAGUGUUUAAAGUUUUGCGCACAUAUUUUAUUUGAUCACAGGCUCAAUUCGAAGCCCCAUAACUUUAUAGAAAAUCUGUCCAUCCUAGAAAAUUCGGCAAGCACGUGACCGUACACCGACCACCCGACCUUCCGUCUGUCCGCACCACAGGCAUACCAAUGUUUCUGCUGACCAGUAUCGCCUGACCGUAUCGCGGGGUCAGGUAUAGACCCUCUGAGUUCGAGUAAUUUUUUGAAGGUAUCUGCUGACAAGUUGCUACUUUUCAAAUGAUCGCAGGCUCAAGUUCAAUUUUUUAAAAAUGCAUAUGAAAUAAGUCGUGUUCAUGAGCCGCACUUUUAAAAUGUUGAUUUCGAACUGACCUCAGACACGAAAAUUCAACCGGCUUUUACAUUUAAAUGCAGGGAAGGCAAUCGCUUUUGACUUUUUUCACUGUCACGUGUUCAUCACGCUCUACGUCCAAUUUUUAUGUUCUGAUUGGUCAAAAUUUGACAGGUGAGUUUAUGGGGAAAAUUUAUGCAGCGUCUGGAAACUUGCUUACUGAUAGCUGGAGCUGACAGAGUUUUGUGUCAUCUUGUGAUGUUUUAAACUGUCUUUUUCUACUUGGUGUACAAAAUGAAAUACAGCUGCUAUCAACAUUGUUCUGUAAUUCGUGGCUGGUUUGCUUAUUGCGCUUUUUGUUGACAAAUGCACCGCUUGUUAAAGUCAUUGGAAAUCCGAUUUCGGAUGGCAUCGUUUUCAAAAAUGAGCUUACUCACUUGAGGCGUAAGAGGGUUGAAAAGUCUCAAGCGAUUCUGGAACACUUGAAGACCUUCAGAAGCAGCAUCUCGACUGGUAAGCCUGAGCAAUUAUUGUCUUUGAUGUGUUUUUUUUUCGGUUUCCUGAAGUCGAGCGUAUGGUUUAUGCGGCUUAAGUUUAUACACGAGCAAUUAUCUAACCUACAAUAGUAUCAGGUUUAAAAAGCCUUUAGACACUUUUUGACCCGCAAAUUCAAAGAAAAGGUUCCGAGGAUUAUUUAGUUAUGAUUUUGACAGUAAACAGAAAGCUCUGAUGGAUUUUCUUACCUCGAGUUCAUCUUGAAAAAGAGAAAACACCGGGAAGCCGGCUUAAAACAUAAAUAAGCUUAUGCUUUACCUGACUCAUGAUUUUCUGAGACACUUUACUCUCAAUACUUCUCUUCGUGAAUGAAAAUUAUUGUCUCUGUACAUGUUUCACCGAAUUAAAUUUAUUUUAUUGAUUGUUAGUAGUCCCUCUCGCAAUUUUUAUCGCUGCACCGGUUUUUUUUUUAAUUUCCAGUCGAACAUAAACAUCGCAUGCAAGAAUACUCAAAACGCCGCGCGUAAAUAUCACUCGCUUUUAAAGAUUACACAUAAAAAAAUCAUGCACAGUUUAAUGAAUAAAGGGAAGUAAAACCUAAACAUAACAAUUUCUCUAUCAUGUUGAAGCGUGAAUGGUAACUCUAUUAAUCGCACUGCAAAUUUGGUGCCUGUCAAAAGUGAGAAACCGUCCGGCUGGCCGAAAAGUGAUUUUGGGAAUUUUUUUUUAUCGUUUUCAUUAAAAGCCCAUAAUUAUUACCUUGCAUAUCUAGGACCAGAUUUUUCUAACUGAAAAGUCCCGGCAUUAUAGAAUUCUUUUCAUGAAAACGUUUUACAAUUCAAUGCUAUAAUUUGUUGUGCAAACGAAGCGCGUGCUUUGAUCGCCGUGGAUAUUGAAUGAGUGCAAAUUCUCUUGCAAAAUUGUGAAAAACUGCAGAAUUAUAGGUUUAAAUAGAAAAAAAAGAACAAAUUCUGUCCGAGGUCUGUAUGAUAAAAAAGGGCCUCAUAGUACUGUUUACCUGAGACGUGAUGAGAAAAAGUAUGUUUAAAAGGCUGGUUUACACGCCACCAGAUUCGUCGCCAAGAUUUACUAGUGAACUAAACUUGUCGAACACAAAAAUCCGGCCUGAUUUUUUAUUUUGGCCUCCUUUUUAGACAGAGGAAUGCAACUUGUAAAUUGGCUGCCACCAAGGACUAUCGUGGCGCGUGUGUUUCUUAAAAUUAUAAUUCGAGGUUAUCCAAUUAUCCAUAGUCUCUCUAACGGAGCAAUGUUGGUGAGACUAGUGAAUGCCACAUUAUGAUGCAACAGCUAAUGCAAAUACAAUACACGAAUAGGUCUAUUUGUUUUCCAGGCCUAAUCUACUGUGAUCGAACAUGAUUGCUAUUUUUCGGUGUAGAAAUAAGACUAUUUAAUAACUCGACGUAAAAUUUGUUGCACUCUUGGACGGUCAAAUUCUGAUUUAUUCUCUAAAAUCACUCAGCCUUUGCCUCAAAAGUCAAAUGAAUGUGCCCUGAUCUGUGGAUUACAAUUGCAAGUUUAUUGUUUGAUUUAAAUUAUGAAUUUAUUAACGGGAGCUUCGCUUUUAGCCCUGGCUAAAUCUAUAUAUUAUAAUUAUCAUUAUUACAAUAUAAUAAUAUUGUUAUGUAAUAAUUUAUAAUUAUUAUUGCAAUAUACAGGGUUUGUACAGAUUCUGAAAUUCUUUUAAGUCUUGGAAUUUUCAAAGCAAUUUUCCAGACCUCAAAAAGGUCUUGAAAGUGGAGAGAAAGUACAGAAAAAUGGUAACAAGUCUGAAGUUUUGUUGUUGUUGUUUAUUUAAAGCUACGGUAUGGUACACUACAGGUGCUUGAUACAUACAGCUGAAGGUGAUUUUUUCCCUGUGGACAAAUUUUCAUUAACCUUGCCUGUACUGAGCCAGGACAUUCAAUCACAGAAUGAGAAGUUUCAGAACUCUCAGCCUCAGACCGCAUUGCACCAUGGUUACUGCCUGCUGCAGAUUCAUGAUUCAGCAGUGCCAGAACUAAAAAAGUGUCUCAUUUGUAAAGACAAUAUGGUUGGAGCUUAACGAUAAGCACUUUGGCAUUAACAAGCAAAAGAAACUUACAGAUGGAGAUGCUCCUCAUUUUUGAACUUGGGAUCUGCCAGCAAUGUGGUCUUUACAGUGUCUUCCAGUACGCUUUUUUUUUCGCUCACAUUACCAUUCCAUUCCCAAUGUUCUUAAUUUGUAGCACGAUUUUAUAGUUGCCACAAAACCAACAUUGUGCCACUGAUUACGACUGAGCAAAGUCCUAAAUCUUUGGACAUUUCUGACACUUUUAAAAGAUACAUGCAAAUUAUAUCAAAGAUAACAAAUAAUUAUUCCUGCAGGACCUACGCAAGACGGCAGCUCAAGUGAUGUUUUGUACAUUGCCAUGGCUGGCACACAUCAAAUCUGGUCCUUUUACUUGAAAGACAGUUCUUGGCUUAAAGGAGGGUCAGUUAUCAACCUUAAUGAAUCCUUUCACUUCUAUCAGUAGACCAAUAAUAACUUUAAGAAAUCAAUAUAUGUCGAUAAAAUUUGUGCUGCCAAAGAGGUUUCAUUUGAAUGGUAACACCAUAGGAUUUCAUCCAGAGACUCAAACGUUAGAACUACAUACUAAAUAAAUAGUUCCAUGUGAAAGAACUGCUGAAGAGGUUUCAUUUGAAUGGUAACACCAAAGGAUUUCGUCUACAGACUCAAAAGUUAGAACUACGUGCUAAAUAAGUAGUACCUUGUGAAAGUACUGCUGAAGAAGUUUCAGUUGAAUGGUAACAACAAACGAUUUCGUCCGCAGACUCAAAAGUUGAAAUUCAUACUAAAUAAAUAGUACCAUGUGAAAGUACUGCUAAAAUGGUUUCAUUUGAAUGGUAACACCAAAGGAUUUCGUCCACAGACUCAAAAGUUAGAACUACAGUCUAAAUAAAUACAGUCGACUCCCGAUAAUUCGAACCUUCAAGGGAAAGAGAAAAUAGUUCGAGUUACCGGGAGUUCGAGUUAUCGAGGGUAAAAUUAUAUAGAAAGCGAUCUGAAGGGAAAUGUAAAUUGCCUCGAGUUAUAGAGGGUUCGAGUUACCAGGCGGGAUUCGACUGUAGUUCGAGUUACCGGGAGUUCGAGUUAUCGAGGGUAAAAUUACUAUAGAAAGCAAGCUGAAGGGAAAUGUAAAUUGCUUCGAGUUAGCGUGAAGUUCGAGUUAUAGAGGGUUGGAGUUACUGGGAUUCGACUGUAGUACCAUAUGAAAGUACUGCCAAAGAGUUUCCAUUUGAAUGGUAACACCAUAGGAUUUUCAUCCAGAGACUCAAAAGUUAGAACGACAUACUAAAUAAAUAGUACCAUGUGAAAGUACUGCUAAAGAGUUUCCAUUUGAAUGGUAACACCAGAGGAUUUCAUCCAGAGACUCAAACGCUAGAACUACAUACUAAACUAGUAGUAAUCAUAGAUCAAUAAGUGCGUUCGAGUUUUCUUAGCUCCAGAUUAGCUUUUGUGUCGUCAAGCAUGAUUUCAAAAUCAUGGAAGAGAUCAUGAAUUAAAAGGUAGACAUUCUUUUCGUAAAAAAUGUUCUUCGCGUAUACGGCUUCAAAAUAUCUCACUCAUUAACUCUCUACUCUUAAAAUGUCUUACUCUCCCUCAAGCAUGGUCGAUAAAAAUGUAAAGUAGAUCGUAAAAAGUUCUUUGUUGUUAAAAAGAUAAACAUGUCACUACAAACUUCGAAAAAAUGGUAGCCUUGAAAGUUAUAAGUCUUGGCUUCUUGCGUGACACAACUUGAAGUGAAAACAAUGAUCAUAGGAGCGACGAAACAUAUUAGGUUUCUGCUAGAUUACUGAUGUCAGAGAACCGGACAGAAUCUUUUGCCAUUGUGCAAACUUUUCAUCUCAUGAUUAUUUUAAGUUCAUGUAGGUCAGUUCAACAUGUUUUAAACUUAGCUUGCUUCAGCGAGCGAGAUACUUAUCAUGCAAAAUUGUCCGCGUAGAGAUAUCAGACGUGAAUAAAGCAUUACAGUUGUAACAACCUGCACUGAUACGCUCAAGCUUACUUUUUCGUGCAUGAAAGAGGUUAAACUACAAAUAAGUAAAUAGACUCAAACGCACGGCUAAACUUCUCACGGCACAAAUGUUACCUGGUCUUUAUUUGUGUGUUUCUACGAAGUUCCAGCUCGAUUUGAACGGCAUUGACCGAAAAGAUUAGCAGAAUCAUCAGCUCAGUGAUAAAACCCGCUUAGAAAACAACUCCAACGUUCAUUCUUUUGCCGAACUCAAAUAUUCCCGUGUAAUGUAGUUGACCUUGAUGGAACCAGUGAUGCACGUGAUUGCCAUAUGACAAUUGCUUAUGACGUAAACGAGGUAUAGUUGCGUGCGCACUCGCACGAGGUAUAGUUGCUUGCGCAUAAAAAUAGUUGUGUGCGCAUGUCCACGAGGUGAGCCCGCAAUUUCUUUGUUCGGCUAUUGGGCUUAAAAUUCGUGCGCGCGCUUAAUAAUUAUUCAAAAUGGCGCAGAUUUUGAACAUCGCCCGUCCAAGGAACCAAAAAUCUCGAAUCUUUACGCCUGGCAUGCACAGGUAUCCCAUCGACCACAGGAUCCCCAAAGAUUACGAAGCGUUCUCCUAACGUCGAACGCAAUAAAUAGUUCCAUUUAAAAGUAUAUGUAUUGUUGAAGUGGUUUCAUUUGAGUUGCAACACCAAUUGAAAGAAUUUCUUGCUUAGCUUUAAAAGUUAGAGGCAUGAAUAACUCACGCGACCAAGAAUCAACCAAUGUUAGCCUGUAUUAAAUUGAGCGAAAGUCUUGAAAUAUAACAAGUUAGUAUGCCUUACACAUCUGCUCCAUACGUCACACCUUCUAGGACCCAAGUGCAAGGCACUUGUCUUCGUUUUGCUGGGAGUGGAGCAGAAGAGAAUCGAAACAACAGUUAUCCACACAAAGCUGCGUUUGCACAGCCUUCUGGUGUCAGUCUUGCUGUGGAAAAACCGUACAGGUGUUUGUUUGUGGCUGACAGCGAGAGCAGUAGUGUGCGAACAGUUGAUGUGGCCACUGGUGGCACAAAAGCUUUGGUAGGAGCCGAUAGAGACCCGACUGUAAGUAUGAAGCAAGCUGUUAUUAGAGAGAUUUAGAACCACGGUUACGGCAAUCGUCAAAUUGUACCACGUGACUAAGUUAUCCUUUAACUUGCCAUCUGCCGUUUAUUUUACCCACCAAAAAUAAGAAUCGUUUUUGACAGAUUUUACCUGCUGACUUUCUAAUUUGAGAAAUUUUUAACUUGAAUCUCGCGUUUGCCAUUUGUCGUAAACGUGAUUCUAAAUCUCUCUACAGGGUGUCCCGAAAGGUCGUUCCUCUUCUUUAUUAGGCUGUAAUGCAGUAUGAUUGCACAUAAUAUGCAAAUCGUUUAAAGAAAAGUCUUGUCUUUUCAAUCUAAUUUAAUAUUUCAUACUUGUUUUGCCAUCUUUCGACUCGGAUAUUCGAUUUGCCUACUUUCUUGCCAAAGGUGCGCUUGCGCGAGUAUAUUUUCCCGCCGCAUAUUUUUUGUAUUUUGUAACUUGUCGUCUCAUUUUAAGAGAAUAAACAAACUCGACCUGGAUUAACUCGUAUUGGCAAUUUUUAUCACUUGCAUUGUUUGCCCCAUGAUAUACCACGUGACGUUACACUGUAAUUUUUAUCUUAUCAGUCCUAUUAAAAGCACGUGCAAAUUAAGAUGGCGGGUAAUGUGAGGUCUAUUUGGGUGAACGAAUUAUUUCUGAGUAUGUAGAGGGCGUUACAGGUUUUCGAAAGAGAAAGUAGAAUUUGGGUGCCUAAUUCCUUGGGUUUUUACGCGUCCAAAAUUUCCCUUUUUCUCCACUUUCGAACAUCCACCAACCGAGCUAGACGGCAUUCAAAGAUAGCUUUUUAUGAUAUAUAUUCUAUAUUAAAUGUUUCGUGCUUUUCAAAAUGACAACUUAGGAUUUUUUGUUUUUCGUUUUCAGAAUCUGUUCGCAUUUGGUGAUCAGGAUGGCAAAGGUAUCGAUGUUAAGUUGCAACAUCCAUUAGGUGUGGCCUGGAACCCACAUUCACAGAAACUCUAUGUUGCAGAUUCGUAUAACCACAAGGUAAUGAUUGUCUCUCAUCCUAACCGCCUGACAACUUGUUUGCUGAUUUCCUUCUCAGAUAAGGGGUAAUUUUCUCUGAAAAUUCUUUGUUUUCUGGGGAUUAUCCGAUUAAAUACGAUUAUAUACAGCUAUUUCGAGAAGGGUUGUCGGAAAAAGUGCACGCGACAAUCUCGAAAGGUAUUGUGGGUGGUUUUGAGUUAACUGUUCUUCAAAGAAAUUUGAUAGAAUGGCAGGAGAGGCCAUGGACAUAUGUUUGCAAGUGCUAAAGGAAAGCAACAAAAGUUAUAGGUUCGACAGCUACAGUGUCAGGAACAGUGUACUGCUCUUAUCCCAUAUUACCUUUCGGGAUUGUCGCGUGCUCAUUUUUUCCGACAACUUUCUCGAAAUAGCUGUAAACAACACAAGGCCCGAUUAUGUAUUUUUCGAUUCGCUCUGACAAAUGGCUAACGCUUGAAACGUCAUCUUUUGGAUCACAUUAUGGUGAUUAACUCACUAUACCAACUACAGGGGCCAGUAAAAACCCUUCAAUUUCUUGCAACACAUAUGUACACUUAAAUUUGUGAAGGACAAUCAGUACAAUAAUGUUAGAUUCGAGAAGAGCUGCUUAUGAUUGGGUUCUUUACUACUUACUAAAACCUAAUCUAGGCCACAAUUUAUUUGUUCAUACCAGUCAUCAUUUUCUCUUUCCUAAACGAAGGGCCUGUUUAUCUGGAGGUGGGGGACCCCAGGUAGGUGACGUGACAUUUGGCGGCUCACCCCACCUAUCAUGUAAACGUGAUCAAAUUAACAUGAGAGAUUAUAUGGCCAGGGGGUUACCUCACCUUAGCGGCUUACCUCACCUACCUGGGGUCCCCAACCUCCAUGUAAACAGACCCCAACAGUCCUUGAUUUCUUAAUACUGUCGUUUACUAUUUGGUUAGUGAUGAUGCUCUAGUUUUAAAACUUUGUCAGUGAAAUAUUGGAAGGGUUGAUCUGAACUUUCUUUUACCAUUAUACAGUAUUGGAUUCCUAUCCUAGAUGGGUUAUAUUAAAAUUUAUUAAUCGAUUGAUUAGUUAAUUAAUUCACGGACUGAUUUUAAUUAAUUUAUUGCAGAUUAAAGUUAUUGAUCCUGUGAAAAAAACUUGUGAAUCUUUUCUGGGCACUGGUAAACCAGGUCUUUCUUCUGGCGAGGAAAACGCGAUCCAGUUUGAUGAACCAGGUGGCUUGUGUGUGAGUCCUGAUGGAGAGACGCUAUAUGUGGCAGAUACUAACAACCAUGCCAUUCGAGUUAUUGACUUAAAAACUAAAAAAGCGUCACAGGUGAGAGUUCAGCUUCAAAAUGUAAUCCAGUCCUAUGAAAUAUAGAAUGGUAACAAGUAUUUCCUGCCACAAGCGAUUUUUGGACAAGACACAGUGUAGAAAUUUAUGGAGUUUCUUUUUUUUUUUUUUUUUUUAAGAAAAAUCCGUUAUGUGUUAAGAAUAGGUAGAAUAGGCAUAUUAAUAUAUAUUUUUCCUUCUUUUGGGUUUUCCAGCUCGUUCUGAUUUCUGAAAAAGUCAACCGUAUUAAAUAAGUCCGGUACCCGCGGGGUUUUAAUGGGCUAAAUAGAGUUUUUUUUAGAAGUUUUCUUGGUCAUAAUCGUUAUUGUGUUGAUUGGUAAUAAGCAAACAUUCUUGGUGAGAAAUUUAGAUACAUGUAAUCCAGUCGACUCACUGUGGACGGUAUAAUUGAGCAAGUAACUGAGCAAUCAAUCAGUCAGUCCGUCAGUCGAUCAUUCAAGGAUUCGAUCGAUCGGUGUCCGUCGGACCGUCAGACCGUCCGUCUGUCGUCCUUCAGUCAUACAGUCAGUCCUUCAGUCAGUCAUCAGUCAGUCAGUCAGUCAGUUGGCGAUUCAGUCAAUCGAUCGUUCAUUCAGUGUCUGUGUGAACCAAUAAAUCUAAUUAAACAGCUGUUUUCAAGCAAGCGUUCUUCUUCGUAGUUGGAUAUCAUCGAGCACCCUCAAACUCCAAAAGACCAUGUGGACAGACAAGCGAGCAAAGAAAAGGUCGUGGUAAAACGGUUAACUUCGAAACGAACCCCCGUCAAUUCCAAAGAGCCAAUUCAUGUAUGCAGCAACGCUUCCUUAGAUGUUACGUUCGAAAUCAGACUCCCCGCGGGCUGUUACUUAACAGAAGGCGUGACGAGUAAUUGGCAGUUCAUGGUCUUCAGGCCACAAGAAGGUAAAUGAGGUUAUUUUACUCAUUGAUCUCUAGGUUGACAAUGUGUCCUCUUAAUAAACCUGUUUUGUUUCCAAAGGUGCGUUAGGCGAUUUUGGGUUGAAUUUAAUACAUUCACUUUGCUAAAAACGUCUCUCACUGUUCUUGCUAAUUGAUUGCACCCGCCCUUCAAGUUCCGUGAAACGAAAAUAUCGUACGUAAAUAUGUCCGCGAUUCCCUUAGACUUCAAAACAGCCGUCGUCAUUCUACCAUGGAUAUUAGGGAAAAUGUCUUAGUGACGGAAAAAAAAAAAAUGUUAGAAGGUUUAUUAUUUGUCAAUUACCGUUUACCUUUUCUGGUCAAAAACUAAAGAUAUAAAAAAGUAAAUCAAAUAUAAAACAUGAUUAAUAAUAAUAAUAAUAAUAAUAAUAAUAAUAAUAAUAAUAAUAAUGAUGAAAAUAAUAAUAAUAAUAAUAACAAAUAAAUAAAUAAAUAAAAUGAAGCUUUCCAGCAACAAACAAAUCUCGUAGUCGUCCGUUACCUCAAAUCUAAAGGUCUCUAUUGCUACUUUGUAGAAAAUGUAUCAUUCUCAGAAGAUAAGUCAUCGUUAAUGCUUAAUACGAUUAGUUCUGCACUUUGCUUAAAUGUUUCUUGCUACAUAUUCUAGAUAAGGAAGCCAUUCAAGGACAGUUUAAGCUGGAACCUCCAUCGGGCGUCUUGACCAAGGACUCCCUGCGUGGUAUUUGCUUCAUUCGGAUACCAGAAGGAGGCUGGGAGCCACAAACAACCGCAAGGGUUAGUAAUUUGUAGUUUCAAUAUUCAUACUCACGCAUGUUUAUCUUAAACUUAACGUACUUAAUUAUCGUUUGUUCGAAUGGCUUUUUGUUUAGUUAUCUAUUUAUUCAUUCAUUAUAUAAUUGAAUUUAUUAUCAUAUUUUUGUUAUGGUAGGCGGAGGCCAUAGUUUAUUUCUGUGAGCCAAGUGGUACAUGCAGAAUGGAGGAGGUAGUCUACGAAGUAGUGCUGCUAAAAACAGGCGCAAAGGGUCAAAGUUCCCUCCAAAUAAACCACGAAUGCAAGUUGUAAAUCAAGAAUACGAAGAUUGCUUUGAAGGAAAUUUGAAAUGUCAGGAUAAAGGACAACCAUGAAUGACACGUGCUCACAUUUUUGUAAUACGCAAACCAAGAGGUUACAUAUACAUUACCAG